AUGGAUAACGCUGAAGAAACUGAUCCCGAACAGGAUGCGCUUAGGCGCAAAAAGCAGGAGAAAUUGCUCGCGAAAAAGGCCGCCGCCCGAGAGGCACAAAAUCAGCUGUACAGAGACCACCUGGCACGGGAGCGUGGCUUUUCGGACGAAACGCAGCGGGCCUUUUUUGCCAGCUGGGAAACCCUCUGCGAGCAGGUUCGAUCGGAGCAGCUGGCGGAGGAACUGCGCCAGCAGCAGCAGUGCUUCGGGACGGUUAUUGAUCGGAAGAAUGCGUGCAUCGAACGAUUGAUCGGUGUCCGGGAUAGGAUCGGGGAAACGCACACCAAGUGUCUGCAACGGUUGGGGAACAUUGUUAGCUACUACAUCCGGCUGAAAGAUUUCCUGACCUCGUCGAUACUGGAGCGAUACGAUGCGGAUUUCAAGCAUCUCAUGGAAGAGUUCCGUGCGGAAGUGUUUAGCAAAGAGAGCUUUAGCUGCUCUCAAAUGGAGAUGCUUGAUAGUUCCCUCGCGGAAUUGCUUGCCAAAAUGAAGCAGGACGAGUUAACCGAUCAUGAGUGGUUUCUCGAACGAAACACCGAAAACAUAAGCACACAAGUGGAAAAGUGCGAAAUCAGCCGCGAUAAGAAGCUCGCCGAAAUGAGCGCCCUCUACCGGCGACUCAAGGAAACGCUCGACGAAUUCUUCCAAACUAUACUGCACCCAGAGCGGAAGCAAUCGUACGAUCGACUCGUCUCUUACACGUAUAUCGAGGAAAAGGCGAUCGAGCAUCGCCGGUGUCAGCUCGUAGCAUUGCAGCUCAAGAAAGUACAUCUCGAGCACUCGCUCACCCUCGCUCAGAUCGGUGGCAGAAGAAAGCUACGCACACGUCACACCGUCCAGAAGCUUCUCGUGAUGGAAGUGAACAAGCUAAAGGAUCAACAAACUAAACAGGACGCCAACCAUCAACGUCUGCUAAGGUGGAUUUGCUCGGUAACGCAUCACCUUAAAGAGCUGCUCACGGGCCACCUAGUAUGGGGUGAUCACAUCGCUCAAGCUGGCUUGAUCUGCACGCAGUACGAAACCGAUCACGAUCGACAGUACGCUGCGAAGUGGUUCCAACAAACCGACGAAACAGACACGGAUGGGCGCGAUCACACCUUCGAUUUUUUGACUGACAAAAUCAACCGCGUGGAAGCGAUCAAUCUGAUUCUGCGCGAGCAGCGAGACAUGCUGCGGCGCGAAAAUGAAGAGCUUAAAACGAAAUUUAAAUCCUACUGCAGUCUGCACAAAAUUUCCGACUCCAAAGGGCUGUGUUUGUAUGGAAAAGAAGCAGUCAUGAAGCCGUAA